GGUUGGGCUUCCAUCCCUAUCAGUUCUAGUCGCGACUGUAAUUUUUAUCAAUUUUUGCAUAAUAUUUAGCAUUAGUCAAAACAAGUUUUAAUUAUGUCAUGUUUUCGCCUAGCGACUGCCACAUGGUUGGCUGGUAGCGCGAAUGCAAGCCGGAGUGGAGCGGGGCGGCUGCUGUCCAAAAAAUCGCAUCAAGAAGUUGCAUUUGUACGCCGACACCUUGCCCAGGCGGUGAAAAGCGGUGGGAGUGGAAGGAAACCCAAUGGAACCUUCAAAUUGGCCAUGCUGGGUGCAGUUGUUGGAGCUGCAACAGGAUCGGUUUAUACUUUGUACACUCGCUGGACGGACGGUAGCUCACACAAGGAGCACGAGGAGACGAAACCGACGCGGGUUGAUGGGAUACCCCAGGGGGUGCGAAUAACUAAGCGCUACGUCAACCCUAAGGACACCUCCGGCUUGGACAUUGUGAUGUUCCAGUUCCAGACCUGCCCGUUCUGCUGUAAGGUUCGUGCCUUCUUGGACUACAUGGGCAUUUCAUACUCCGUUGUGGAGGUGGACGCUGUCUUGCGACAAGACAUCCGAUGGUCGUCGGUGAAGAAGGUGCCAAUGGUGCUCAUCCGUCAGCAGGAUGGGAGCUACGUACAGAUGGUGGACUCCAGUGCCAUCAUCUCUCUGAUAGCUACCUACCUGCAGGACAAACAUACGGACAUCGGGGAUCUAGCCCAGUUCUACCCGCAUAUCUCCUUCUUCGAUGAUGAUGGAAAGAAGAAACAGGACAUAUUGAACAAAUACUUCCUCAUGUAUGGCGAACAUACACCCAAAGGCGUCACCAGAGAUAUAGAAGAAGUUGACCGCAAAUGGAGGACUUGGGCAGACGAUACCCUGGUGCACCUGAUAUCGCCCAACUGCUACCAGACCAUGGGUGAAUCUCUGGAGACUUUCGAGUGGUUCUCGAAAGCGGGUGAAUGGGAUGUGCACUUCCCCAAGUGGGAACGCGAUUUGAUGGUCUACUGUGGCGCGACAGCGAUGUGGGCCAUUGCCAAGAUUCUGAAACGACGUCAUGCUCUAACCGACGACGUCCGCUCGCAUAUGUACGAUGCCCUGGAUCAGUGGACCGCAGAGCUGAAGAAACGCAACACGAAAUUCAUGGGAGGCAAGCAGCCCAGCCUGGCGGAUCUAUCUGUUUUCGGAGUGCUUAGCAGCAUGGAAGGAUGCCAGACAUUUAAGGACUGCCUAAAAAACACCAAUAUUGGUAAAUGGUUUUACGAUGUUAAGGCCCUGGUGGAGAAGAACCGUGGCGCAUUGCAAAGGGAACGUAUCGAGGGUCUGGCUCCGCUUUAGAUCGCCUGCCGAAAUCGCAAAUAGAACCAGUUUUAUCCAAAGAUUGUUGAAAAUAAAAGUUUUUUUAUUUAAAAA